AAUUAUCUAUAUAAUCAGCUCUCCAUCUUGCUUUCUAUUUUACUUUCUACAUCAUCAAACAUCAUCACAACAACAAUCACACCAACACUACAAACAACACUACCUCUUCAACCACAUCUUUCUCAUUUCAAAUCUAAACAAAUAACUUAUACUACUAUCAAAAUGCAUUCCGCUAUUGCCUUCACUCUCUCCGCUCUCGCCCUUGCUGUCUCCGCAGCUCCUGCUCCUCGCAAUGUCGGCACUGUUCAAGUUCAAUUUGCCAACGAUGUCACUGGAGCAAACGGCAACGCCUUGAUCCCUCUUGAUGGAACCGAUAUUAGCCUUGGAGAGGCUUACGGCAACACCAACCUGUUCAAGGAUGGAACUCUCUUUGUCACCAGCCUGCAGUUCACUGCCGAUUUCACCAACGUGCAGUGUGUUGUUCUGAAGGAUCUCCAAACUGUGGUCGCCAGCCUUUCCGAUCCUUCGCGAGACUUCCAGAAGUUCUCCCAGCAGCCUUUGGACUGGGAGACUGGCUUCACCAUCGCCUGCAAUGUGCACGCUUAAACGUUUUCUAAGUUUUUUUUUAAGCUCGGGAAUUGAAAGGCAUCUUAGACGGGAAGGGGAUUGGUUCGGCAUCUUAGAAGGGGAUAGGUUUUGGUUUUUGGUUUACUUUUUUCGACAUUCAUUACAACCCAACUACUAGAAGGCAUAUACACACGGAACAAUCCACAAUCACGGCAUCUUAGC